AGCAAGACCGGGUGAGACCCGCCGGCUGCUAAGAAGCGAUUCGUCCACGUGGAACAGCUGGAGUGACAGGCAGCCCUUUGCUGGGCGCAGUGACAAUGGCAGUGUUUCACGACGAGGUGGAGAUAGAGGACUUCCAGUAUGACGAGGACACGGAGUCGUAUUUCUACCCCUGCCCGUGUGGGGAUAACUUUUGCAUCACCAAGGAAGAUCUGGAGAAUGGAGAAGACGUGGCGACCUGUCCUAGCUGCUCUCUCAUUAUAAAAGUGAUUUAUGACAAAGAUCAGUUCAUGUGUGGAGAAACAGUCCCAGCCCCUUCUAGCAACAAAGAAUUAGUUAAAUGCUAAAGAAGACUUCAGCAGGCCAGAUCAUAAACAUCUGGAAAUGUGCCAGGCUGGAAACAUCAGAAACAGUCUCCCUGGGACGUUUUCGUGGGGGCAACCACUUUGCCGUUUGCUGUUCGCCUGGAGUGCGGACCCUUCCCAUCUGCUGCUGGAUCCAUUUCAAUGAAAGAAGCAAGUCUGUGA